AUGUUUCCACAGAAUCAUUGGAUGUUUCCGCAGAAUCUGCGGGCACCACAGAUUCUGUGCACACAGAAUUUAAUUGAAACAGAAUUUCCACAGAAUCUGUGUUCUGUGCACAGAAUGCAGAAUCUGUGGACAAUUGAAAUAGGCCCCUGGAUAGCAUUCAACAAGGCGUUCGCUUGGCUGCCGUUCACUGCUUUGGUUGGCGGGAGGGUCCUAUGUAUGCACGGCGGAAUCUCGGAUCGUCUGCGAAGUUUGGACCAGUUGCGCUCUCUCCGUCGCCCGGUGCCUGACUUCGACGCGGCAAACCCAACAAUUGAGCUCGACUUGCUCUGGGCCGAUCCGGAAAAUGGUGUUCAAGGCUGUGUGAGAAGUCCGCGAGGUGCAAGUGUCAUGUUUGGCGAAGACGUUGUCGCUCGUAUUUGCAAACAAUUGGACAUUGACUUGGUUGUGCGUGCUCAUCAGGUUGUGCAAGACGGUGCAGAGUUCUUCGCAAACAGGAAGCUCAUCACGCUCUUCAGUGCGCCACACUACGCCGCCCAGUAUAACAACGCCGGCGCAACUAUGUUCAUCGACGAGAACUUGCGCUGCUCGUUCCAAGUGUUCCAGCCGGCGGGUUAG